AUGGAUGUUCAGGGCUUUUUUGAGCAGAACCGUUGGCUGAUCUAUGCCUUGUUGCUGUCGCCAGUUCUUGUUCAUUUUGUUUUGGCAAAAAAAUUAGCAAAACCGGAAAAAAUAGCUUCUGCAACUUCUCUGAAAGGCUCAACACCGAAAGCACCAAAAGUUUUUCGUAAAACUGAGAAAACGAAGCAUUCGAACCGUAAAAUUGCAUGCGAAGCUUCGACUAAAAGUUCUCGUAAAUUGACAGAUAUCAGUGCGUGUUCAAUCAACAUUUUCUACUCUACUCUUGGCGGCUCUACGCAGAAGUUUGCUGAACAUGUUGCUGAUCGCAUACGUUCCUCUUUGCAAACCGAAUUGGUUGAAAUUUUGAAUCUUGAUUAUAUUGAUUUGGACGAAUAUUUUUCCAAGGGUAAUUCUAACACCGUUUACCUCGUACUGCUCCCUUCUUAUGCUAUUGAGUCGAGCAUUGACUACUUCUUGUCUGCCCUUCAAACAACCAUCGAUGACUUCCGCAUUGUCGCACGACCCUUGGAGAAGCUGCGCGGUUUUGCGGUUCUUGGUUUUGGUGAUUUUGAGCAGUAUGCUGGAGACCUCUUCUGUUAUCAAGCCAUUGCAGCAGACCAGCGUCUUGCCAAGCUGGGUGCUCAACGGAUUGCUCCACUGGGAGUUGUCAACGUGAAGUUGGAAAAGGCGCAGGUUUAUGAAGCUAUGGAAGCAUGGACGGAUCUGUUUUUGCAGUACGCGAAGGAAAAAGCCGUAGUUCCAUCAUCUGCUACUCGUUUUAAUGCUACAACGGACGCUUUCUCCAGUAAAACAACGCUUGUGGAUGUUGAAGAUAUGGGAUCCCUUUUAGAUCGCGCCAAGCAAGAAUUGUCUUUGCCCAUUGGAACUAAACUUAUGGUUUCAGAACAGUCGCCUACUUAUCGGUCAUUGACAAAACAGGGAUAUAGUGUUGUCGGCUCACACAGCGGUGUGAAAAUCUGUCGCUGGACAAAGUCCGCCCUGCGUGGACGUGGAUCCUGUUACAAGUUCAGUUUCUACGGAAUUAAAAGUCAUCUUUGCAUGGAAGCAACACCGAGUCUGGCAUGUGCUAACAAGUGUACAUUUUGCUGGCGUCACGGCACAAAUCCUGUGGGUACUGAAUGGCGUUGGAAAGUCGAUCCUCCGGAAAUGAUUAUCAACGGUAUUCUUCAAAGUCAUUACGACAAGUUGAAACUCAUGCGUGGUGUCCCUGGCACACGUCCCGAGCGUUUGGCUGAGGCUUCUCGUGUUCGACACUGUGCUCUUUCGUUGGUGGGAGAACCAAUCUUCUAUCCUUACAUCAACGAGUUUGUCUCCAUGCUUCAUGAACGAGAAAUUUCUUCCUUCCUUGUAACGAAUGCCCAACAUCCUGAAGCUCUGCGACGCAUGGGACAGGUUACGCAGUUAUAUGUGUCAAUUGAUGCGAGCACUAAGGACACUUUGAAAGCUGUUGAUCGUCCAUUGUUUAAAGACUUUUGGGAACGUUUCUUGACGUGCUUGGAGAUUUUACGCGAGAAACACCAGCGUACUGUAUACCGCAUGACACUCGUCAAGGGCUUCAAUAUGGAGCACGUGAAAGAGUACGUGAAUCUUGUGCGACUCGGUCUUCCAUGUUUUGUUGAAAUUAAGGGUGUUACGUAUUGUGGUAAUUCUGAUCAAUCACCAUUGACGAUGAAAAAUGUUCCCUUUUACGAGGAAGUGGUUGCCUUUGUCAAGAGUCUGUGUGAAGAGCUUCGCGUUUUGAGUGCGGAGACUGGUGUCACCUAUGAAAUCGCUGCAGAGCACGCUCAUAGUUGCAGUAUUCUUUUAGCUCAAACCAAGUUCAAGAUUAACGGUGUCUGGCAUACACACAUCAACUAUGACAAGUUUUUCCGACUUGUUCGCGAAAAGAAGGAGUUUGGGCCGAUGGACUACGCGGCACCGACUCCGGAUUUUGCUAUAUUUGGUAAUGGCGGUUUUAAUCCUGACGAUGAGCGUUUUUACAGGAAGGGAAAAAAGAACGCAAACAGUUCUGCCAAGGGUAUCACUGCAUAA